AUGCUCUGUAACUUGAAUGGAACCAUUCUGAUCAGCGUGCUACCUCCACUAAUCCUGACAGAGUUUAUUUUUGGAUUUCUUGGAAAUGGUCUAGCUCUGUGGAUCUUCUGCUUCCAUCUAAGGCCCUGGAAAAGCAGCACGGUGUUCCUCUUCAACCUAGCCGUGGCCGAUUUCCUGCUGAACAUGGCUCUGCCGCUGCGUGCCAGCUACUAUUUCUCUGGUCUAAACUGGAAAUUUGGACCGGUGCUCUGCAACGCCUGCCUCUUCACGCUGGCGAUGAACCGCAGUGGGAGCGCCUUCUUCUUGAUGGCCAUCGCUGUGGACAGGUACAUGCAUGUGGUGCAUCCUCAUCAUCCCAUCAACUUUCUGAGUGUGAGGAAAGCUGCUGUGGGAACACUGGGAAUGUGGCUCUUCACAAUUUCUGUGGAUGCUCCAAUUUUUGCUAUGCAGCACAUCAACACCACCUACUGUGAGAGCUUCGACACAGAUGUGGACCCUCAGCACCACCUUACCUGGCAUGAGUUUAUUUUCAUGUCCUCUUUCUUCAUCCCGCUGCUUGUGAUCUUUUACUGCACUGUCCACAUCAUGGUCCAGCUGAGGAAGAGACACCUUACUCAUAACGCAAAAAUCAAGAAGGCUCUGUACUUCAUUACAGUGGUUGUGGUUAUCUUCUUCAUUUGCUUCCUUCCCAGCAAUGUCACUCUGCUGAUGAUCUGGAUCAGGUCCAGAAAGGCCUCUGGCUCCUCUCAGACCCAGGUGUGUCCUGCAUCAGAGGAACUGGCCAUUGCCUUCUACGUCUCCAUCAUUCUGACCUAUCUGAACAGCACCCUGGAUCCUGUGGUCUACUACUUCUCCAGUCCAGUCUUCAAGAGCAUCUUUAGGAAAGCUCUUAAUUUGUUCCAGAAAGGCACCACAGAGGAAGCCGAGAAGAAGACGAGGGAGACCGGUUCCCAGACGCUCAGUCAGCUCUAAGCAGAAAACACCAGGAACCUUCAUCUAGAGUCAGUUCAGUGCUUCAGAGGCAGGAUUUCAUCUUACAUUAUGUUGUUUGUAUUUAAUGUCACCAUAAAUCAUGCAUCAGUUCUGUUCGUAGGGGUCCGGUCCAAAAAUCACGAUGCCACCUUAAAUUUCCUGCCUUUUUUUAAACUUUUUUUUUUUUAAAUGAUGGUUUCCUUUAAAGGUUCAUCUCUGAAAUGCCUUCUGCACAGCUCCAUCUGAUCUUCAGGCUGUUGCGGUCCAGAGGUAGGGGCUUCUCCGUCUUUCUGUUUGUGUUUAGAUGCUGCAGGUCUGACAGCGUCUCUAUGGGCGAAUUGUUGAGAAAAUAUCAGCAUUGAAGAUUUUGUUCCUGUUAAAAGACAAAAAAAAUUGCCUCAAAACAAAUCCAAAACAUAAUUUGAACUUGAUCAAAAAAAUCUCCUUUCUGUGGCAAUAGUAACAAAACUGGCUUUAAAAUGUUAAAAAUUACACAAAUAAAUUAAAACCAAAAGAGGAAAAAAAUGGGCAG